UCCCCAGGUAUCAGUGGACAGCCAUGGCUCCAAGAUCUCGGAAGCGAAGGCACAAGAAACCCCCUUCAUCAGUGGCUCCCAUGGUUGUGACCCCAUCCACAGUUAUGACCCCUGUGCCUCUGACCCUCUCAAAACCUGACCCUAGCAUUGAUGCGCUUGGCUUCUUCUCCUUGGAAAAUAAUGUUCCUGGCCUAUCUCAGCUAAUCCUUCAAAAGCUAAGCAUGAAAAGCUAUGAAGAAUACAAGUUGGUGCUAGAUGGGGGUGCUUCUGUAUCAGGCUUUGGAUUUCGAUGCCCUCAAGAAAUGUUCCAGAAGAUGGAGGACACAUUUUGAUUCUGUGCUCACUGUAGAGCUCUCCCUAGUGGUCUUUCAGACUCCAAGGUCUUACGGCAGUGCAAAAGGUGCAGAAAUGUCUAUUACUGUGGUCCAGAGUGCCAGAGGUCAGACUGGCCAGCACAUAGGAAGGUUUGUCAAGACCUGCGUUUUGUAGCUGUGGACCGUCUCAUGGAAUGGCUCCUAGUCACAGGUGCUUUUGUCCUACCUUCAGGGCCUUGGCCAUGCCUGGCUGAAGCUGUACAGGGCUGGGAUACCUGGUUUUCUAUGUGGCAUUUACAGCUAGAUGCUACACUGGAUGCUGUGCUAGGUAGUCAUGCCAUAACCACCCUGUGGGCCAGCGUAGGACGGCCAAGGCCAGACCCAGAUGUCUUGCAGGGCUCUUUGAAGCGGCUGCUGACAGAUGCCCUCUCACGACCCUUGACACUGGGCCUUGGGCUUCGGGUCUUGGGGAUAAAUGUUGGGAAGAUUGGGGGAAGCACAGUGCAUGUGGUUGGUGCUUCCCACGUGGAGACAUUCCUCACUCGCCCUGAGGACUAUGAUGAGCUUGGCUACAUGUUUCCUGGACACCUUGGCCUCCGUGUGAUCAUGGUGGGUAUAGACGUAUCUGCUGGCUUUACACAGAACCCCUCAACUCCCAUCCUGGAACCUGGCACAGUUCAGCUUAGUGGCCAUAGAGGCCUCUAUCAUGACUUCUGGGAGGAGGAGGUAGAGACUGGGCGGAUAGCCCAUCCAGAUUUGGUGGUGACAUUCCAUCCAGGUUUCCAUGCUUCCCCAGACUUAAUGGAGGCUUGGCUGCCCACCCUCUUGCUACUUCGUGAUUAUGAGAUCCCUCCUACAUUGAUCACUGUUUACAGCCAUCAGGAAUUGGCAGCCUCAUUACAGAUUCUGGUGGACUUGGAUACAAACAUCACCGCCUAUGGAGCUAACCCUUUUGCAUCCCUCAAACCUGAACAGGUCUAUUCCAACCCCAACAAGCAGCCAGUAUACUGCAAUGCCUAUUAUAUCAUCUUUCUUGGAAGUUCCUGCCAGUUGGAUAGGAGGCAACUGGAAGAAAAAGUAGAUGGUGGAGUUUAAAUAGCUGACCCAGAUCCUGACUGGAUUUCUAGAAAAUGGGGAGGUUGUAAUGAAAUUACUCUGCUGAUGUCAGGUUGUUGCCGACUUUGAAAUCCACUAUGUCCUAAACCUCAUUCACUUGUCCAGGUAAAGAUUCUCAGCUGAAUGGGAGUUCUGUGUGAUGUGACUCAUUUCUAAGAGGUUAGCCAUAAAUAGCUUCUAGAGACAGGAUUCUAGAUUUAAUACAUGGCAAGAGGCCCUGGUAUGUCUUUCCAGCCUAGAAUUCCUAAUAGUUCCCUUUGUGAGAAAGUUUUACCUUGAAUCAGAUGGUGUAAAGGAGAAGAAUGACACCUUAUUCUUUUGGAAAAGACUUUCUUGUUACCCAGAAAUCUUGGCUAAAAAAUGGAGAGGUGUUAACGACUUGAAGUGGUACACGAAUGGGCAAGUCAGAGAAGCGGUUGGGAACGUGGGAGAAGUUGUGAGGAUUGGUAUGUUGUUCGAUUUCCUGGCUUUUUCUAGAUAAAUAUCUUAUUUUCUUCUUUUCUAUUGGGCUCUUCUCACCCUAGAGUAGCUUUUUGCUUGGUGUUAUAUUUAAAUAUCCCAGGGUAUCUCAGGCUUUAGUUGAAUGUACUGGAGUUAUUUGUUAUUACCUAGUCUAUACCAUAAUAAACUCAGUUUGGGGCUU